AUGUUUAGCUCGUGGGAUCUCGUACGACCGCGCUUCUGGUACCCCAUGUCAUCUCUGGAACAGUCCAUGAUGGAGCUCGAGCACAUGAGUGACAGCAUGAUGCGACCGCGCUUCCCUUUUGGGGCGCGUCGAGAGAUGCUCGCCACUCCAACUCCAAAGCACGUCAUGUACUCCGGGAAGUCGACGGAUGAUGACGACUUCUUCGUCGACCUGCCUGUGGUGGCACACAAGUACAAGCCGACGGCGUUCCAACCGGUGCAAAAUGCACCGCAACAGGAUCAACAAGUAUCCAGCACCAAGACAUUGAAGGAUGAAGACUCGAUGAGCCACUCGUUCUCGUCUUACUCGUUCAGCAACUCGUCUGUUGUGGACGAGAAGGAUCGACGAGUGGCAACGACGCGUCGCCGCUACCGGAGACUCCACGGGUCAUCUCAAAGCGGUGCGAACGAGAGAUCGAUUCGGAGAAAGAAGAUGCGCACCACCUGGCGACGACAAGGCAAGGGGAGAGGAUGA